CCGCCCCGCCCCGCCCGCCAAACUCACUGCCAUGGCAACGCUGACGUCACGCGGGCGCGAUUGGCGGCACGGCGCGAGGGCCCGGCGCGACACUCGGCCGUGGUUUCCGGCAGUACCGGCGUGCGGAGCCAUGGCGGAGGAGGACCCGGCAGCGGCGGGGGCCGAGAGCGGGAGCGACAGCGAGGAAGSGGGGCAGGAGGAUGGCGAGCGGCGGCACCGGCGGCUCCUGGAGGCGAUCAGCGCCUUGUCCGGACGGAAACGGCAGAAGCUGGCAGAGCGCUCGGAGGCAAGCGGGCAGGUGUCUGAGUUCAACGUCACCUGCAAAGGUGCUGGGGAAAAGCUCAUUCUGUCAGAGCUGCUGCAGCCCAUCCAUCCCAAAUCCACACUGGGCAGCGUGAGRAAGGAGCUCACCAGAGUGAAGCAGAAGGCAGCGGUGGAGCUGCCACUGAGCAAAGAGGAGGCCAAGAGGGUGGUGAGGGAGGCUGCCUAUGUCACCACCUCGAAGGAUGUGGGGAAGUGGCAGCAGGUGGUCCUGCAGAACCGGCGUGCGGAGCAGCUGGUGUUCCCACUGCAGCAGGACAUUGCCACCGUCACCCCUCUGGAGAGAGUGACCUCGGCGUGGAAGGCCCGAACUCCACUGGAGCAGGAGAUCUUUGGAUUGCUCCACAAGACACAGCAGCCCGUCACAGACCUGCUGCUGACACCGGAGGAGAUGGCYUCACUGCAGGCCAUGAGCUUGGAGGAGGCCCAGCGCCGGCGGGCAGAGCUGCAAAAGGCCCGGGCACUGCAGUCCUACUACGAGGCCAAGGCUCGGCGAGCAAAGCGGAUCAAGAGCAAGAAGUACCACCGCGUGCUGAAGAAGAGCCGGAGGCGCCAGGCCCUGAAGGAGUUUGAGCAGCUGCACAAGUCGGACCCUGCGGCUGCCUUGGCACGGCUGGAGGAGCUGGAGCAGCUCAGGAUGCAGGAGCGGAUGAGCCUUAAGCACCAGAACAAGGGAAAGUGGGCCCGAUCCAGGGCCAUUAUGGCUAAGUAUGACCUGGAGGCCCGCAAGGCCAUGCAGGAGCAGCUGGCCAGGAACAAGGAGCUGAUGCAGAAGGUGCGGGUGCAGCCGCCUGAGGAGGAGCUGUGUGAGGUGCCCGAGGAGGAUACCACGGCCCUGCCCGUGCCCACGGGGGCCAGYAGGGCUAAUCCCUGGAUGCUGGGCAAGCCCAGUGGCCUGGCCYCAGAGCCUGAAGCACAGGAGGGUCCCAGAGAUGGUGCGGUGCCUGGUGCUGUGGAAAGCAAGGACGAGGUGGAGGAGGAGGAAGAGCUGUCAGAGGAAGAAGCUCUGCUACAAGACUUUGAGCAGAAGCGGCAGGCACGKCAGGAGCAGACAGGGAGCCCUGAGGGGCAUGACGAGGAGCACGGUGCUGAUGAGACUGAGGCUGGUGCUGAGCAGCCCAGGGACAGCCCACUCCCCCCAGUCUCUGCCAAGGAUCUGGUGAGCGUGGGGCCACCCCCUCUAGCCCAGGAGCAGCUCCUGCUCUCUGAGCAGCUGUGCCGUGUGCAGACCAUGGAGGAUCUGGAGAGGCUGGCCAAGGRGGAGCUUGAGGAAGAACAGGAGAAGCUGGGAUCUCCGAGAGCUGAGAAGCAAGUGCAGCGGCUGGAGGAAGGCAAGGUUGAGGACAGACAUACCAAGAAAACACCAGCCAAGAGGAAGAUAAUCAGCUUGGAGGCUGUUGUGGAUGGGAAGCCCCAGGAGAUGGACUGCCCCAGCCUGCCUAUGGUUCUGGAGGAGGAGGAGGGUGGCAUCGAGCAGCACGGGAUGAUCACGGAGGCCUUCGCUGGGGACGAUGUGGUCGCUGACUUCCGCCAGGAGAAGCGCAAGGCCGAGGAGGCAACAAAGCCACAGCCAGUGAACCUGGUGCUGCCAGGCUGGGGCGAGUGGGGCGGCACGGGGCUGAAACCCAGCGCCAGGAAGGUCAAGAGGUUCCUGAUCAAGCCACCGCCGGCGCCUCCACGGAAGGACCAGAACCUGGCCCACGUCAUCAUAAGCGAGAAGCGCAACAUCCACGCGGCAGCACAUCAGGUUAGCGAGCUGCCCUUCCCCUUCGAGCGGCACCAGCAGUUCGAGCAGAGCAUGCGGAUGCCCCUGGGCCCCACGUGGAACACUCAGCGUGCCUUCCAGAAGCUGACAGCCCCUCGCGUUGUCACCCGGGCCGGCCACAUCAUCCAGCCCAUCUCGGCMGAGGACGUCCCUGACACGGCCCCCAGCAGCGGGGCUAGCCCCAGGGGCGAGACCAUGCCCAGGAGGAAGGCUGUGCCACGGGGGAAGGCUGUGCCCAGGACAAGGGCUGUGCCUGGGGAGAAGGUGCAGCCCCAGCACCACAGAGCGCGGUAGCUCUGUGCCUGGAGCCUGGGGGCUCACGCUGGAGCCAAGGGAGGAAUCAGGAGCAGCUCCCGGUUCUGUCCAGUUCUUUCUACCUCUUUCCUUGCAAUAAAACCCAGGGCUGCCCUUUCUGUUCUGACUGCAUCGCUACCUUGGYAGUGUCCAGGGCUAGGUUGGGCUGGUGCCCUCCAUCCUAUCCUUGGGGUCCAUGAAGGGCCAGGUGCUUUGGCUGAGUUGAGGGUAAGAGGCUGGUCAAGAGCUCUCAAUUGAGGCAGGUCUGGGAGCAUGGUGAGGGGUUGGAAUAGCUGCCACCAUCCUGUCCUGGACCUUUGUGUUUUAUAUCCCCAUUUUUGUACUUAUUCUUGGCCAAAGGGGCUUUCUGCCCACUCUGUCAGCUGAGCCUGGCCUUGGGGUGUUGUCAGGUUCACCUGC